AUGACUGAAUUACCACGUAUUCUGAAUUUGAGAUAACAAACACAACUUGUUGCUGACAAUCUUAUGGCUUAAAAUUAUUCUUUUACUCCACUAUCUUAAAAUGUAGAGAAUGCAAAACAUUAAAAGUAUGUUGUUAUAUAUAAAAGGCGAAACUUCAACCUGAAAGUUGGUGAUAUCAUCUAUUUUAAAUCUUAUUUAAGUGAUGAUUUUAAGGGAGUAAUAUCUGGUGAUGGAAUUGCAAGCAACAAAUUAGAGUGUGUACAGAUAUUAGGUAAUAAUAAAGUCCAGGAUUUCUAAUCACAAAAAAGUUUAUAGUACAAAGUAGGCAGCUUAUCAUUCUAAAAAUGUUUAUUUUAAAUUGUUACAGGAAAAAAAUACUUAUAUUAAAAUUAAUAUAAGUAAGAAAAGAGAAACCGAUAGAUUCAUAAAGGGGUACCUGAAAAUGAGACAUGUUCAAAAGAGUUGGGAAAAUUGACUUCUGAUUACGAUUAAAGAUUAGAAGAAUAUCGAAAAAAAAGUCAAGAAGAAAUAAAUGAGAACGAACGAUUAUACAAUCAUUUGUAUGGAUCUAAUUUUGUUUAUGGUUAAGAAAUAUAGUUAUUACAUAUUUAUUCAGGGUGCACACUUUCUUUAAAUAGUGACAUUUUAGCAAAGGAAAACUGUUGUAGAGAAUUAUCCUUAGAAGAAAAACCAAAUUAAAAUUCGAACUUCACAAUUCUUUCGCUAAAUUCUGUUAAAAAUCCAGGAGAACCUAUUUUGUAUGGUGAUCAAAUUAUUGUUCAAAAUUUCAAUUAAUCACAAUGGAAAGUAGGUAUUUAACAGCCAUCUGCUAAGUUUUAAAAGAAAGAUGGACUAGAAGUAAAUGCAUCUGAAUAGGCUUAUCCAUUGAAAAUUUCAAGCUAUGUUGAUAAGAAGACAGAAGAAGAAAUUAAUAAAUUACAGAUUAAAGGAAAGUAUUUAUAGAAUGGUGAAGUUGUAACUAUAAAAAAUAGAUACUUAGGAGGGUAUUUAUGUAUUAAGAGAAAAAAAAGAAUUACUGAUGAAUUGGAAUAAAAAAAAUUAAUUAUUAAAGAUUAUGAAACGAAUAUUAAUUAUUCAAUUAUUCAAUACUAUUUUGAUGUCGCUAAAAUAAGAAAUGAAAAAAUAAAUUAAAUGUAUCAAUUAUAUGUUGAUACUACACCGAAAGCUGAUGAAAACUUAAAUUCUCUCUGGUAAUUUUAGCAUGUUGAUAGUUUAAUUUAUUCAAGGUCUACUUAUGAAAAUGUAUUUUUGAUAAGACAUGUAUGCACUGGAUUAUUUUUGUAAAUAACUAAUAAUGGAGUCGGAUUAACUUAUGAUGGAUUAAAGAUGGAAUGCUAAUUUAAUCUGAAAUCUAAAAAAACAUAAAUUGAUCCAAUUUCUUAUAGCGAGGCCUGUAAAAUAUAAUCCACCCUAAGCCAUUCAGUUGAUGGUUUAGUUGAAUUAGAAGGAGUAGUCAUAGUUUGCUUGGAUGAAAAUAAAGUUGCGGUCUAAAGAAAAAGCUAAAAGUAAAACAUUGAAAGAGCGACUUUUCUAUUAAAAUAAACAUCUUAAAAUCUUUAGAAAAUAUCAUUUAGAAUUAAUUCUCUUCAAGAAUAUUUAAUUUAAUUUUAUAUAUUUCUAUAAGAUUGGGGAAUAGUUAAAUAUAUUGAAUAAGCUUAAGAAGAAAAACGAAUAUACGAAUAUUAUGAAGCUUUCAAUAAUCAAAAAUUAUUAUUUGAUGAAAUAUUGCAACUAUUUCAAACCUUGGACAAUCUUACAAUGUAUCUAACAAAUGAAGGGAAGCCAUAGUCAAUUGAAUAACAGUAGACUAAGUAAAAGACAUUAAUGGAUAAUGAUAUUAUCAAUUUGCUUUUUGCAAUUUAAAGAUUAUGUAAUUGCAUGAUCUAUGGAAAUCACAAACAAAAUAUUCAACCUUUAUAAGAAAAAGGUCCUUAAAAAAUAGCCAAAAUGAAAUUAGAUCCAAUGAUUACUUAAUCUCAAAAAAUGAAUUGCAUUAAAGAAAUUUACUCUGUUUUGAGUUUAUGUGUUGAAAGUAAUCCAUAAACAAGCUAUUAUGUUUUAAGCCUGGAAAUGAAUAAAGAAAGUAUUUUAGAUUUCUUACUCUAAUAAUUGAAAUAUUAAAGAGAGUAAGUUUCCAAUCUAAUUAAGGAAAGCGUGCGUUAUACUGAUAUGAGUAAUACCAAGAGUAGUUUAAAGAAAUUGGUUAAUGAACUCUAACCAAUAACUGAAGAUAACAUUGAGGAUCAAGCCCUAUAUAUUGAAAUUUUAAGUUUGAUGAUGAUCGAUCCAUACGAAAAUCCAAAUUCUUUGUGUUAAGAUUCUUGUAGAAAAUUAUUAUUCGGAAAAAAGCUUAAAUGUAGUUAGUCUCUUCCUUUUUAAAAUGCUUUAGUUGCAUUAAAUAUUUAUGAGGAAAACUAAAAUUAUUAUCCAGUUGUUCAGUUUUCUCCAAAAAGAGAUAAAGGAACACUACCAUAAUUAUCACAUCAGUUUGGUUCAAAUAAUCCAACAUUUUGUCAAUUAUAUUUAAGGUUUGUUGAAAAAUAGAUUAAAUCAACAUCAAGAUUCCAGGAAAAAAGGCCUCCUUUGAUAGAUGUCACUAUUGAUUUUUUUACUACUGAAACACUAAAGGAAAACUAAUUGGUAAGACAAGAAGAUUAAAAAGUAGUAAUGCCAAUAUUUUUAAAAUAUGAAAAUUAUUUAAUGAAUAUUAUGAAUUUAUACUCAUCAUUGUGUAAGGGAAGAAAUUAAAAAAGUAUCAAAUGUUUGAUGAAAAAUUGCUUUUUAAAUGAAAACUUCUUAGAAAUAUGUUUGAAAAGACAAUAAAAAAUUAAAGCAGAACUGAGAUUUGAGAGAACUUUAAUCGAAUUAUUUUGUAAUUUACAUUUAGAUAUUGAUCCUUUAAUAAAAUUUCUUCAUUUGAUAAUAAAUGCUAUUUGAAUGAUGAUUUAGAUUAAUUUGACAUUUAGAAUCAAUCAGGAAUUUAUUUCUACCAAAAAAAUGCUUCAAAAUAAUUGAAAAGAAACCAUGAAUAUAAGAAAUUUAUAAAUUCAAAAGAGGCUAAAGCAGAACAUCAAUAUUUGAAAUAGUUUACCUCUAAAAUGCUUUCUAGAAAGUAAAUAAAUGAUGUAAGGAUUUAUUAUUUAGAACUAUUCACUUAAAUAGAUUAUCCUGACCAUUUCAAGGUUCUAGAAUUUAAUAACAAUAUAAUUUAACCUUUUAAUUCUACAAUGAAAUAAAUAAAUAUUAACUAUUAAAGAUUAGCCAAUUAUUAAUUGGAGUAUUUUUUGGGAAUUUUAUAAAUCGUAAAUAAUAGCAUUGAUUUAGGAUAUAACUAAUUGGAUGAAAAUUAAAGAAUCUUUGCAAUACUACCAAAUAUUUUUGUUGCAUUAAUUCUCCAAUAAAGACCAGAUGAAAAUAUCUAUAAAUUUAAAGAUAAUGAAAAUUUUGAAUGUAAUUUAAUUAAAUUAAAUGAAUCUAUUGAAAGUAAUGUAUGGGUCACAACUUACUUGCCAACUCUUCAACAGUUAUAAGAAUAAAGAAAAUCUAAGCAUUAAAGUUAAAAAUAAUCCGAUUAAACAAUUAAAUAAGAUAUUGAAUUUUAAAGAAAUUGGAUUCUUUAAUUUUUGAUUUGGACAUUUCAAUAUUGCAAUGAUGACUUAUUAAAAAUGAAAAUUUAUUUAGAAGGUCUACAAAUAUUAAAGAUUUUUAGUAAUUUAAAAUUGAAUCUUCAAAUAUUAGAGUUCUUAUUUAGUAAAUAAUAAUUAAAUGAAUCGAAUUAAAGUAAUCCAAUCUCCAAAAUUCUUGAUGAAUUUGACUUGAAUGAAAUGGCAUAUAAUAAUUAAGACUAUUAAAUAAAAAAGUAAAAAACUCCAUUAUAGAAAGCUAUUUUCAAUGUUUUUAAGGAACCAGAUGGUAAUAGGUUUAGUGCUCUAUUGUUUUCUUGUUUACUUUCAUCAGAAAAAAGAAAUAAACUAAACGAAGAUUUGCUUCAAAUUCUGAUAGAUAACUUUAAUGCUCCUAAAAAUUCAACCAAUGAAAUCAAUGAAGUAGAAAUUAUUGAUAAUUUGAUGGAAUUAAAGUAUUUUUCUAUAAUUAAUGGAAAUUCAAGUGCAGUUUAAAUUAUCAGUCCCAAAGAAGCAUAAAACUUAACAAAAAGAGCUAUAAAAUACAUUUAAAGCACUAAAAGGGAAACAAAUGCUUAAAGGUGUGUUACAUCAUUUGAAUAAUUAAAAAUCUAUCAAUAAAAAAUAAUUGAAUAAUUUGAGUAGUUCUUUAAACCGAAUUCUUAAGAAGCAUAAUAUUUAAAAUCAUUUUAAAAUAUUAUUAGAAAUGCGGGAGUUCAUUUGGUAUUUCUAUAAUUUUUAAUAAAACCCUAAAGUGUGUGUAGUUCUCCAGAUGUAGUUUAAUUUUAUAAGAGAUUAAUUGUAUUUUUUGAAUACUUCACAAAGAAUAAUGAAACCAAUGUAUAAAUUUUAGCUUAAAACAAUUACUUAUAUAAAUUACUUGAUAUAAUCUAAAUUGAUCAAUUAGAGGUUGAGGAUUUGUUUAACAUUCCCAUAAAGAUUACCAAACUUAUAGUGUAAUUAGUAUCCUCAAUUCCAAAAAUAGAACAUGAUAACUUCAUAAUUAAUGUUUUUGAGAGAAUAUAAAAAUUAGGAGAUGAAUUAAUGAAAAGCUAAGAAUUUUUUGUGAAAGCGUUUAGUUUUAAAGAUGAAUAAUAAGAAAUGAAGAUCACUCCAAGAAAAUAACAUUAAGAUGCAGUGGCUUAUUUUAGUUUAAUCAAAUACUUAAGAAUCUUAAGAUGUUUUACUAAAACCUUUGAAACUCCAGCUGAACAGUCCCCUCUCAAUAAGCAUUUGAUUUUAAGCUCCAUUUUAAAAACUUAAUUUUUGACAAUAGUAUUGCAACCAGUAAAUUAUUAUAGUAAGAUAUUAAUUCCUGAUUAAAUAAUAGAAUAUUAGAAUGGAAAUGAUAACUUAUAUUACCAUAGAAUAAAGUUGCAUGCUUAAUUGGUAAUUCUAAUUACAGAGUGUUGUACAUAUAACAGAUUAGGAAUCUAAGAAAUGUAAAGAAUUAUAUUAUAUGAAUAAUUGAAAUCGAUUCUUUUAAAUUCAGAUGCUGAAUACAUUGUUAAGAGAGCCUACUUAUAGUGCUUAUUUGAAUUAUAUAUAAAUAAAGCAAAAGAAGGAGAGUUUAGUAAUGAUACCAUUGAAAUUGAAGAAGUAAGAGACAUUUUAUCAAGAAUAAUAAUACCUGAACUAGAUCAGUAAUAAAUAUGCAAACUAUUAGAAGGAAUCGCCAAAUUAAUAAAUUAAGAUUAGAAUAAGAAGGUUACUCAAAGGGAUUUGAGAGAAUAAAUUGUAAGGUAAAAGAGGAAUUAUUUUGAAAAGAAAUUAUCUUAAGAUUCAGCGCCUGAUAAAGUAUUAGGAAUUGUAAGGGAUUGCAGUGAGUUUUGGACAUAUCUGAGGAAAAAUGGAAUUAUUCACUUUUUAGUCUACACUUAUGAUGAAAUGAAGGAUAGAAUUGAUAUAGAAAAUAUUGAAAAUUCUAAUUUAUCAGAUGAAUUUGCAAUUAUCAAAUAAAGUGUAUAGAAAAUCAAAGAAAUAUUUAAUGUUCUUGAAAGAGAUUUUCGAGUUAAAAAAGAAGACUUGGAUUUAGAUGAUUAUAGAGAACUCAUUAUUUCAAUUGAAGAAAUUAUACCUUAAAGGAAAAUUACUAAAUUUGGAAAGAAUUUCAGAAUUGGAUUUAUACAAGAAAACAAUUCUGAAGAAUUAUUAUUUGAUAAAUAUGAUAUAGUUAUAUAAUCUCUUUAUACAAAAUACUUUAAAAGAAGAUCAAACUGGAGAGAAAAAGCUUCAAGAAUAAGAGAAUGUGGAGAGGAUUGA